AUGGAAAUGCAAAUGGCUUUUCCUUCAAAGAAACAAUGCGUCAGCAAAACAACAGAUCUAGAGUUCAACAAAGAUCUGAAUUUUAACUUUAGCUCAAACGUUCUAGCAGAUGGUGUCUUCAAAGCUACAAACCAAGGGUUGCCUAAAUCUGCCAGGAAAGUGGAGCCGCUUUCAAAGAAGACAGCUACAAGAGGAACUCUCAACAGAUACAAACUAGAAGCAGAGCUGAAGACCAAGAAUCAGCUGUUAGAAACAGCCAAACAACAGCUACACUCCAGACUAACAGGAGCACAGGGCACUAUAAAGGAGUUAAAGGAGGAGAAUGAAGGUCUGGCACAAGAAGUUGAGAAGCUCAAGAAAUUUCAGAAAACUUGCAUGGUGAUUUUAGAAAGCAGAAACAUUGAUCCUGGAGAUACUACUCUGUUAACUGAGAAGCUCAUAGAAGAAUUGAGGCUAUUUAAUCAAAUGGCUGCAAAAGAAAAGGAUGUGCUUCAGGCAGCGAUGGCUAAGUGGAAAUCGGCAGAAGAAGGGCGAUGCCGGUCCCUGGAGAAGCAUUCCUCCUUUCAAGUGGAAAUUAAGGAAUGUUCAGCAGUACUUGACGAGUUGGAGCUGCUCCUGGCUAUGUGA